UGACUAUCGGGGCUUUUCGGCUGCAACUCAUUGUGUUGUCUGUACCGUGUGCCGGAGCUUUGUAGCUGUCGCCGUCUGGGGAAAAUUAAAAGAAGACAGUCGUAUCUAUUUGCCAGUACAGGUAGGAGCAGAUCAAACCGCUGGUCAUCAUGGGCUUGGACGGAUGUGGCCUGGUGUGCAAAUAUGUCCUGGUCGUUUUCAACAUCAUCUUUGCGGUGGUGGGGUUGGCCUUUCUGGGACUUGGCCUGUGGCUGAGAUUCAGCAAUGAUACAAGAGGCAUCUUUGAAAUUGAGGCCCUCAACUCAAGUGCAUUUGUUAUUGGUGUGACAGUGCUGAUCACUCUCGGUUCAGUGAUGCUACUUGUGGUUGCCUUUGGGGACUACGGCGCCUGCAAUGAGAACAGAUGUGCUCUUCAAGUGUUCUCUGGUCUCCUGGCGUUUCUGGCUUCAGCUGAAAUUGUAGUUGGAGUGCUGGCCUACUCCAACAGUGAUGAGGUCGGGCAACACUUUGCAGAGUUCUACACCAGUAUGUACGCUCUGUACAUCAAAAAUGGAGACCCAGUCAUCGCCAUCACUCUCACGUUCAUCCACGAUAGGCUCCACUGCUGUGGAGUGACUGGUGUGGUGGUGUUGGAGAUUGCUAAGAAGACUUGCCCCAAGCCAGAUGGCAUCCUGGAGCACAUUGCCAUGCCUAAUUGCCCCGGAGUCAUUGCAAAUGUCUUUGACAGAAAAGCACCACUGGUGAUGGGCGUCUUCAUUGGAACCGGAGCUCUUUUGUUAAUAGCUCUGAUUUGCAGUGCAACCCUCAGUAAAAAGAUUCGUCUUGCUGCCGCUUCACCUGCUCAGUACAUCAUCCUGGCUUCCUCCCCUUCUUCCAACCUGUACCCUCAGCAUGGCCUGGUCUCCCCCUCCCAGCUGCCCCCUGACCAAGACCCAGUGGUGUUCACUCCCCUCACCGCAGCUAAUAUCCCCGUGGCUGUGGCUUAGUCUGCUCCCACACUUCAUUUUUCACAAUCACUGUCAUGCUGUCAUGAUUCCAUUCCACAAUCUCCUGGCAUUUAAGGAAUCAUCUUUUUUUUUUUAAUUCUUUCUCUUCACUGAUUAACAUAUUCAUGUCAAUGCAGAGUGUCCUCUGCUCCAUUUAAAGUAAAAAUCCACCCUUAACUGCUUAUCUACUGUUAAUUAGCAGCUACCAUGGACUUUAUCAUUCUAUAAUUAUUUUUCGGUGAUGUAUUCUCUCAUUCCCGUUGGCCAAAUAUAAAUGACAUGUCACAUGACAAGAUUUUUGCAGCACAGCUACAAUGAAAUCUGAUCAACUUAUUUUUUUUUUUUAAUUUAUCUGAAAUAUCAACAGUAAAUGUCGAUUUCUCAGAAUUGUGAUUCUGAUUCCAAAACAAAAUGUCCUCCUCUCAUCAUCGGUAGCAGACAUCCAUGUUUUAAGAUGGAGUUGUAAAUGAAUUGUACCAAAUGGCCUCCACUUUCCCUCACUCCCAUCUCCCCUCUACUCUCCCCUGAGCUACUUCAGGUAGGAGAUGAGCGGUAAAGAGGGAAGCGAGAGAAGGAAAGUAGGAGUAAUAAAACGCUUUGGGAUGCAGCCAGGGAGAAUAUCAUAGUACCUCCUUGGAGAAAUUUGCUGGCAGUUGUAAUAGACCAUAAUGCAUAGCAGCCACAAGCUUGCAUCUUUACGGAUCUGACGUUGGCGUGUGAAAUACAACACCCUACAUUUUUUCUGUAAUUGGAGCUGCCUGGUUCACUACAGAAUUCUGACUCAUUUUUUCUUAACUAGAAGAAUUCACUCUACACAUCUAUAUUUAUUUCACAAUUCUGACACUCUAUAGACCAAACAACUUAUUGAUUAAUCGAAAAAAUAAUCAACAAAUUAAUCCAUAAUGAACAUAAUCGUUAGUUGCAGCUCUAGAACUAAUUCUAGGAAACAAAGGAUAUCAUUAUCGAAGCAGGUUAAGGGGAAGUGACUACACCAUAAAAGGAAACUUGAGCAUUUCAUCACAAAAUAUACCAAACUACAGAAACAGAGCAUGCAAAGGUGGAUUUUUUUCUUUUAAUGUCCGAUUCCUCACAGAAUAUUCUUGUUCACUCUCAUGUGGCUGUGUGUGGUAGCAUUGACAGUAGCAGCAGGGGAGUGCACCUUCACCUUCACCUUCCAUUUCUUUUUCUUCUCUCUCACAUCACACUUUGUGGCUGGUUUAAUCCCGUAGGUGAUAGAAGGUGGUGCACUUGGAUCACAUCAUGGCUCUUUGUCCCAUCCCUAUUUUCUGCUUAACUCUUGCUUUGCUUGCCUUCCUCCCUCUGUGUCUGCAUGAUAGAUUACUGCCCUGGUAUGCACGGUGAUCCUCCUGAAACAGCUCAAGAAAGUGCAGCAGGCCAUCACUGCAUACUACACCACAGUGUACUAAGAAGGGAAUCCUGUUUUCGUCCCUGCUCCCCCUGUUCUCCAUCAACAGUGACCAUCGCUGGAAUUCUAGUUAAGCCAGCAUGAGUGUUUACAGGUGUUCUUCUGUAUGCAAACUACUGAUUGUGCUUGUUUUUAAAAGGUAUUAUUUGAUCCUAAAAGCCUUAUGUUUUGUAAAAAAAAAAAAAAAAAAAAAGUAUAUCUAUUGUGAAAAAGUUGUUCUUGUUUCUUCCAUUGAGGUCCAAAUAUUUGUCUCUUUCAGAGAUGUCCGUGUCCCCCCCAAUUAUGCUGCUCAUAAUUAGCUGUUAUUCAUCUUGCUACGAAACUGCCACAACCAGGCAGCAUUUGGGUACUGGCUUGACAAACCGUUAUAUCAUUACGGACAUGCUAUUAGUGCUGCGAGGGUGACAGCAGCUCCAUCCAUUUCAUGACAAAUCUCACAAGGGAAGAAAAUGGCAGACUUCCUCUUAAUGAGGCCUCCAUCACGGCGAGUGUGGAUAUUGUCGAUUUUCCAGUUAUCUUAGUAUCUUAAUGUAUUGUCAUCAUUACAGCAUCUUAAGCUUAAGUUUAGUGCUUAGUCUGUUGAAUGCUAUUUGCACGCACACAUGCAAAGGGACCCUUUCUCUAAUCACAUGAUUGAUGUCUACUGUUUACAGUCAUUCAUAAACUUUGCGAUUAGGUCAAAUUAGUUUUUACAGGCUGAAAUGGGGGACAUCUCACAUUAUUAGUGGUUUCAUCCCAAAUUACCAUGUACACACCUCCUAUCUCACCAGUUAUUAUCUUGUCAGCAUUAACAAUGCCAUGCUGUUACUCAUGUUCCUGUUCAGAAGACCAUGUUCUAUCAUAUUAGCUUGUUUUUAUUCAUUGAUUUAUAAAAACUCCUUUCCUUACUACAUAUGUUUGACAGUUUGAUGGUACAUGAUUAAGUUAUAUAUACCAUGUCUUGCACUCGUAUCUACCAGUAUUUGGAAACACUGAGUUUUGGUGUUAUUUACAUUUACUGUAAACUGGCUGUUUAUUGGAAUUGCAUGUCCAGUGUAAGUGAGUCACAGCUAGGCCACAUAUACUCACCACAAAAUAAAGUCGAGAGCCUCUUAUUCUUAAAAUAAUACUCUGCAAAGUGAAGGAGUUAGGAUUGAGGCUUUUGAACACUGAUUGUGUAAACACUUGACCUGAAGUGCUUUACAGCUGUGAGGCAUGAGUACUGCUCUCCUGUGAAAGCCAGUUUAAUACUGAGAGAACUGCUAGCCAUUAAUGUACACUAUAGUAUAGUUCAACCUCUUUCCUCAGGUUCUUGUUUUGUAGCCUAAGAAAGAAAGCUUCAGCAGUGACCAAAUAAGAGAACCUAACAAGUGUCUUGUUGGGUGGGAAGUGCCUGAGAGAUCCUUUUUAUUUUGCCUUUUAUUGAUUGCUUGUCCUGAUUUGAUGCCUACUAACUCUGUACUACUGACUGUAGCAUUCCGCUGAUUUGAACUUUAUUGUUAAAGAAAUAAAUAUCACGAAGCUUUUUGCGUUCUUCACCAA